GACGUAUGACGUAAUAUACGAUUUUGGUUUUGUGGUUUUGGAUUCUGUUAUGAUUUUGAGAAUAAACAACAUGAAUAUACAUCGUGGCAAUAAAUAAAAGAAAUAAAUAUAAACCACCGCUAAACACGUGAAGGAAGGAACACUCUCAUAGAUAAAUAAUAAACUUUAUUUUAUAUCAAACAAAUGUGAAUUUAAACUUAUGGGUUUAAGUAAAGUCUCGAGUAAAGUAAUACAAUUUUAAAAUGCGUUUAUUACUUUUAUUAUUUUAUGUAAUAAUAACUCAAGCUGUAAAAGAUGACUGGAUAGAUCCUCAUGAAAUUAAAUUAAACAGCAAUGCCAAAAAAAAAUUAAAGAGAUCUAUGAGUGAACAUGACAAAGAUCAGUUUUUAAAUGUUAAUCCAAUCGUAAAAGAAAAUGAAUCAAAUACAACGCCAACUGUUGAAGAAAGUACAUCGCUAACAUAUUUAAAAAGAGCUGUAAACCUGAUAAUAAACUCUGCUAAUGCAGAAAAAGGUGAUCCUAGUGUAUAUACAGGAUCUUUUAGUUUUAAAACAAAUACUGAAGAAUUCUCAUUUUUAACUGAUUUUAGCAAGAAAGCAUUAGUGAGUGUUGACGAUAUUAGACGGUUGGAUUCAAUUUUAAGUGAAGUUUUCUCUAAAUCUAAUGAAUAUAAUUUCAUCAGUAUAAAUAUAUCAAAAGAGGAAGUUUUUACUGCUUUAUUUCGUCUGGAUGUUCUUAUUAUAUUUGGAAUAACGGUCUGCCUUUUAGUUAUGUACUAUUUACUCAAGAAUAAGUAUGGCUUUUUUUAUAUACUUUCGUAUUUUACCUUCCUAAUACUAAUUGUUGAUUAUGCUGUCCGCUACAAAUUUUUAUAUGAGGAAGCUGAGGAACAUAAUCUCAAGUUAUUAUAUUCAAAAGACUGCGAUGUAGCGAAAAUGAGUUGGACAGAGUAUCUUAAAUUUGUACUGAGUCAUAAGGAUUGUGAAAGAAAGAUAGUAACUCCUUUAGAUGUUGGUUUAAACCAGUUGAAAUACAUUAUUAUUAUCCCAUUGGAAUCUUUUGGAACAGGAAUGGGUCUAUUUGGCAAGGAGUUAUGGGAAAAACUACCAUUUCCGUGGAACAUACUUAUCUUUCCGAUAAUGCUAAUUUUCAUCGUUUUAAUGGUUUUCUUUUUUACAAUUGCAUUCAGAGACUCGCCAUUCAAACUGAACAUUAUGCAUUUAUUUAAACUGGAGUUUGGAAAACAGCAUGAUGAUAAAAACAGGAUUUCUGGAAAAACAUUGGAUACAUUUUUGGAAGCUACUACUUUACAUCGACCUUUGCUAGAAAAUGCAAGAUCCUCUCCUGAAAACAAAAUUAAGAAAAAUAAAAAUAAGAGAAAUAGAAAUAAGUCAUUGCCAGAAUGUGUUAAAAGCGAUGGCACUAAGGAAAGUAUUAAGGAAAGGGAUACUAAAAAUGAUGAGGUACCAAAAGGUAGACAAUUUGGUAUAGAAGAGGCUAUAAGUUGAUAAAAGUGAGGUAAUUACAGAAACGAUAAAUCUAACUAAUAAUAAUGAUAAUGACAAGGAGUAGUAAUUAGGAAUAAUUAUCAUAUAUUACUAUCGAAUACAAAAAAUUAUAUUAAUUUUUUCUUUUUUUU